AUGGAUGCAAUUUAUUUAAAUAAAUUUAAAAUUUCGCGAAAUAAUGUGCACAGUCUUCUAUACAUUACAAGUUAUUAUAAAUUUGAACAAUUUAAAGAACUUACACUACAAUUUAUUCAAGAUAUUCUCGAUUAUUUGUUUGAUUGGUCAGAUUUAAGUGAAUUUUUGGAGCGUUUUACAGAACCAUGUUAUCUAGAUGAUAUAGUUAGAAUUUUUGCACCGAAAAUUGCUCAUUUUUAUUCAACGUAUCAAAAAAUUGACGAUUUGAUUUCAAUUUCUCAGUUUCCCAAGAUUUUUUCCUCUACUUUAAUACAACUUAAGGCUAAAAACGACUUGACUACGCCAAAAAUACUGAAAUACCUUGAUAAAGCAACAUAUGAAUUUAAACAUUCAAAAGAAAUCAGAAAAGACGAUAAAGAUCAUACAUAUCAGAAAGGUUCUAAAAUAGAAGAACUUAUUUUAUUAAAUUUGACGGAGAAAAACAAAGCAAUUCAUAAAAUUGAAGAUCUUUACAACAAAGAACUCAUUGAUUUACAAAACAAAGAGGUAAGAUACUAUAUAACAGAGUACCAAUGCGAUUAUAUACCUGUUAAUGAAAUGAGGCCGAUUUUGAAAGAUUAUUUUCAAAUAAUUCGAAAUAAUUCGAAGAAAUUUGAGGAAUGUCCCAAUAAAACCAAUACAAAACCUAUCUCAAGAUGGCCAGUAUUCGCAUGGCUAUCAAGUAUUAAGAGUCCUGAGUUAAAUUCAGUUCCUAAAAUAGAAUUAUUUAAAUUCCUUCAAACACUCGGUGGAUUAUCAGAAGAAUACAUUGACUAUUCAUCCUUUGGGUUCUUCAAUGCAAAAAGAAUGCCAGAAAUCAAGUUAGACUGCUUUAAUGAAGCAAAUGCUUUUGUUGAUGAUGAAAAGCCUUUUAUCGCUAUACCAGAACAAUCUAAAGAGUCAAGUGGGUUAGUUAUUGACCUAGGAGCUUCGACAAUGUUCAUUCCUGAAAAAAUUUUCAUUGAUAUGAACGUAAAAUCGCGAAUUUGUCCAACAACUAAUACGAACAACAGAUUACAACCAGUUCCUAAGCAUAUUUUUGUAAAAAUUGAUGAUAAAAAAGAAAUUAAACUCGAAAUCAAAGAAAAUGCUGUUUUUGCUGAUAUAAAAGCAGUAAAUUCAGAACUCAAGCAACACAAUGAUCUUGGUGAUGAUAAGAAAUGUAGUUAUGAUCAAAUGGAAAAAGAUUUUGGCAAAAAUUUCGGAUUUCAUAAGUUAGUUAUUUCUCCAUCUCCAGGUACAACGGUUUUCAGGAUUAGGUAUAUCGAAAUUGAAGGAUCUUUUGCUACUACGUUUUAA